GGGUCCAAUAUAUAUAUAGAUAAAGUAAAAAGAAAAUAUAACCUAAUUGACGUUUUCUUCUCACUCGCUCUCUAAUUUGUGCCGUGGCUACCACUUUUCCUGCUACGAAGACAUAGAUGAUGGCGGCUAUAAUUUCAUCAACAGAUGUGAAUAAUAUCCAGAAUCAUAAUGUGGGUGACACGACAUAUAUGAUUAGUGACUUACCUGAUCACAUUCUUAUUUAUAUUCUUUCUUUUCUUCCUACCAAAGAUGCUGUAAGAACUUCCAUAUUAUCAACAAAGUGGAGGUACUUGUGGACUCAUUUAUCUGUCUUUGAUUUUCUAAUUCCUCGACCUAAGUACGGAAAAAAUCAGAAUUCAGCAAAUUGCCUCUUAGAUCUUGUGGGAAGAUUACUGGACAAAUCUAAUUGCAUUGAAAGGCUCUGCGUUAAAAUAUUUGGAAUUUCUGUUAAUGCAAACCAAGUUAGUUCUUUAAUAUCUUCUGUUGCAAAGAACAAAGUUCAACAUCUUCAUUUCAACCUAGGUGAUGUAACUACUACUACUAACUGUGUACUACCCCUUAGUUUCCUAGCUUUUGAGUCUUUGAAUACGCUCGAUUUAGGACUCAAACUCACUCUACAUAUUCCUAGUGCUAUUUGUUUCUCUAGCCUAAAGAGAUUAGUCCUUUCGUAUGUUAUCUUUGAAAAUGAAAACUCAAUUCAACGACUUUUAUCUGGUUGUCCUGUCCUAGAAGAGUUGGUCUGGUGUAAUUGUCAUUUUAAGAACGUAAAGCAGAUCAAUGUUGCUAUUUCCACAUUAAGGACGUUGAACGUUCAUUUUGACUCUUCUUUUUGUGAUCUUUUUGAUAAUUGUAUAGUCAAGAUUGAUGCCGCGAAUCUUUUAACUUUAAGAUGCAGAACCAAUCCAGCAAUACAAUUUAUCCCUAUUAACCUGACCUCCGUUGUUAAUGCGUGUGUGGAUCUUGAGUAUUACUAUCCACAAGGUGAACUAUAUGCUGGUAAUUGUGCAAUUAAGCUAUUGAGUGGAAUUAGUAGUGUCAAGUCUCUCCAACUAUCAAAUGAUACUCUUGAGUGUCUUAUCUAUGCAAAGGAUACUCUCCAUCUCCUACCUUCAUUUCACAAUUUGACACAUCUUACUGUGCUUCCGUGCCAUUGUGAUGCCACUUAUGGAGUAUUAAUGGACUUUCUCCCAAAGACCCCUAUACUGGAAGCUCUUCAUAUUCCUGAUGUGGUACAUAACUAUGUGGAUGGUGAAGAUUUGAUUUUGAACUUAGUACCUAGCUGUGUUAAAUCUUCUCUAAAAUUGUUAACAAUUUCCUACUUCAAUGGAGAUGAAUAUGAAAUCCGAUUUGUUAAGUUUUUCUUAGAAAAUGCCACAGUUUUAGCCGAGAUCCGUUUAGUCUGUUCAAGACAUUUAUCAGCUGAUUUUAAGAAGCUGGAUGAUGUUAGGAACCAAUUGCAACAUGUUGGCCUGAUAAGUUGUGUCCUCAAGUUUUGUAACACCUCCAGUUCUUUUGAUGAUUAUACUGAUGAAGAUGAAUUUUGGAAAACACAUUUCAUAAUAGCGUGAAAACAGUGAACACUUUCUAUUUAUUAGUGGGUGUUUCAGGGACACUUAGAAAAACUUGAAGCAUCAUGGAUGAAGGUCGUGUAGAAGGGAGACUUUUGUGUUCACUGAUUUUCUGCCAAUUAUUUAAUCUCAUUUGUUUUUAUUUAUUAUAGUAGGUUGAAAAAUGUUUAUUAGUUCUUAUAGUGUUAAUACUCUACAAGUAUAUAAAAGAGGAUGUUGCCAGAUUUUCAUGAAGAAAGAUUCAUGUUCAGAAGCACCAAAUUGGCAUAUCUUGUAGUAGUUUAUGCAAAAAGAAAUAUCACCAAUGUUACACUGCUUUUGAAUUUCGUAAGAAAUCAAAA